CCGUCCCGUCAUACGUGACGUUUCUAUCCCAUCGUACACAGGAGUAAACGAAAUAAAAUAAAAAAAUACACAAAAUUAUUAUAGUUCCUAUUCAUUGCAUUUAGUAGCUGCUAUGCAGCUGAGUGAGUUUGGGAUACCCGGACAGUCCUGCGCCCGCAAUGCCAGGGGUAAAAUAUGAGCAGCUGUCAACCAAAGCUGAAGUGGAAGAAGAUGUAACUACUGCUAAACCUAAGAAGAAAUGGUCUGAGGUCUGGUGCCAGAAGGGUCUGCUGUCUCUAGGGUUAAUUCUUCUGUACUUCUCACUGUCGAUCGGACUGACUUUCUACCAAAGAUGGCUAUUGAAGGACUUCCGCUACCCCCUAACGGUAGUGAUGUACCACUUGAUAGUGAAAUGGUGUCUGUCCGUGUGCGUCCGCUGCGCUCGUCACUUCGUCACCGGCUCGAGCCAGUUGGUGCUGCCGUUCAUGACGUGCUUACGCUCCGUGGCGCCCACAGGACUCGCAAGCGGCAUAGACGUGGGAUUCUCUAACUGGGGCCUGGAGCUGGUGACCAUCUCGCUAUACACCAUGACGAAGUCCACGACCAUCAUCUUCAUACUUGGCUUCGCUAUCUUACUCGGUUUAGAGAGGAAGUCGUGGUCCCUAGUCGGCAUUGUGUUCAUGAUAGCCGCCGGCCUCAUCAUGUUCACAUACAAGGCCACCGCCUUCAACCUGCUCGGCUUCAACUUCCUCCUGGUGGCGUCGUUCGCCGGGGGUCUUCGGUGGACGUUCGCCCAGUUGCUGAUGCAGCGGGCGAGACUCGGGCUGCAUAAUCCGGUGGACAUGGUGUUCCAUGUGCAGCCGUGGAUGUUUCUGUCGCUGCUGCCCUUCGCCCUGCUGUUCGAAGGUCUAUCCUGCUUCGAGUACCUGCUGUCCCUGUCGCAAGGGGCGCUAGUGCCGACGCUGAUAAAGGUGUCUGGUGGCGCCACCAUCGCGUUCCUCAUGGAGAUCUCUGAGUUCCUCGUGGUGACCUACACCUCUAGCUUGACGCUGUCCAUAGCGGGUAUAUUUAAGGAGAUGUGCAUUCUAGUCUUGGCCGUGGAAGUGAGCGGGGACCGACUGAGCGCGAUCAACGUGGCCGGCCUCGGCGUGUGUCUCCUGGGCAUCAUCGGACACAUUGUACAUAAGGUCCUUUUCAUAAAAUCCGUAACGGGCGCUGUGCCAUUAGACGACGACUUUCAACCCGUCGGCCGCUCCCGGACGCCCAAGGGCGGCGGCGAACCCCUCCUCGAGGGUAAGUGGACGCACCCGAGCGACGACAGCGAUGUCGAUGCUAAUGUGGUACUGUUUGAGGUGCUGCAGAGAAGAGACGGGAGGUAGGGAGGUCUGCUAGAUAAAAAUAUUGAGCAACUUUCACAAGUCAAUGCAACAUUUGGAGAUAAUAUCGCCGUUGUGACUACUUAUGACUUGUGGAAGAGCGCUUUUGUGUGAUAAUAUAGUACAUUGUGCAACGAGGGGGGUAAGUGAAAUUUUGGAUACGAAUUAAAGACCCUAGUUUGCAAUAUUCUUACCCCCGAAGUUACACGCAAUGUUUUUCAUCACACUUGCGAAGAAAAAAUAAUUCUUAAAUACGGUGAUAUAUCAAACAUUCGUCCGCCAUUUUGUAAUUUCUUGACAGGUUAGCAUCGAGGGCACAGACCUAUUCGGCAUUCGAAUAAAUUAAACGGCUGUUAAAUCAAACUAAUUAUUUCAUUUUAAACAUAAACAAAAAUAUUAAACAAUAAACGUCAGUAUUUUAAAAGUAAAACUCAUUUAUGCUACUUGCUUUAUAUGAAUAAGUGACAUAAUAAAAAAAAAUUAUAACUCCCGCGGGAACAAAAUAGGCCUUUGUCCUUCAGUACAUCUGCAUGAAAUAAGAACUUUUUCGAGCAAAUGUGAUGAAAAUAUAUAAGCAGUGGUGCUGCUUUGAUUGUCGAAAAGUAUCGUCAAAGGGCCCACUUAUUAACAGCCCGACGGACCUACCGCGAACCACGUUCGACGUGUUGCCUCUCUAUCGCACUUAUAAAUUCGUACGUAAGUAUGACAGAGAGGCAGCACGUCGAACGUGGUUCGCGGUAGGCCCUCGGACAUAGAAGUUUUUGUGGCAAAAUAAAGUAAUUGACAAAAUUAAAUAUCGACAUGUCUAUUAUCGAUGUUACCUUAGCGUGAUAUACAUUUUUAACAUUGUAUAAAAAUAUAGCUACCGCGAAAUACACAACACGUUCGAUAUCUUCUUUGAUAACCCUAUUGGUAGUUUUCUUAUUUUUUGACACUGUAUUCUACAGGUUACGUUUUUAUUUUUAAAUACUUUAUAUAUGUAAUAAAUAAAUUAUGAUCGCAUUUGUAAUUGAUAUGUAUUCUUGAAAUUUCCCGGUAAAUUACAGCAAGUAGAAUUUACAUCUUUUAAUUAUUAAUCUAUGACUGACUUAUCGAUGUUAUUAUUUGUCGAUGUUUCAUUUUCUCAAGCACUCGUUUUUGCCACAAAAACUUCUAUGUCUGGUUCUAACUGACAGGCCGAUGCCGUCCGUCGGACUGUUAAUCAGUGGACCCCUUUAGUAUUUUGAAUGGUGCAGACGAGAUUUUAAAGAGAGAUAUGUACUUAUAAGUUAUAAGUAUUAUAUAACUGUAUUAUGGUAAAAAUCAUAGCAGAAGUAAGACUCUUUGGCCGAAAACCGCGCAAGUGACAUUAAAACUGUCAAUGUUUAAGUGGACGCACCGUCAAGGAUAAGUGGACGCACCCUCGAGGCUAAGUGGACGCAAAAAAUAGGAGGUAGGAAGCGGAUACUACCUCUUUUGGUCUAUAGGUCUACCGAUUAACUGAGACGGUUGGUAAGAAGUUAUGGUCAGGUAUUCAUUUGAAUGCAUAAAACGGAUGUAAGGUCACUCAGGGCAAUUGCAACCAUGGGACCAAUGCAACUAUUUACUCUAAUAAUACAAAAAGUAAUGAGCUAGCCUCUUGUAUUCAUGAUAUACUUUCAUCAGUCAUUAUAAUUCUCAUUAUUACUCACUUCUUAAGAGUGCAUUUGCCCCAUAGUUACAACUGUCCAAUAGUUGCAAUUAUCCCACAGUUGCAAUUGUCCUGGCUGACCUUAUACUACAUUAAGUAAAUGAAUAGUAUAUUACGAUCCAAGUGCAAAAAGUUGAGAAAUCGCGACGAGUAGCGAUACAUUAAAACACGACAGAAGGGAGUGUUUUAAAACAACACUAGUUGCAAUUACCUUUUCGCACGUGUAAUAUACAACGUUUUACAGUAUAUAUGGUCCUUUAAAUUUUCAACAUACACACGUAUAGUCCUAGUUACCGCACUGUGCGAAUAGGUAAUUCACAACUCGAGUUGAUUUAAAACACUCCCUUUGGUCGUGUUUGAAUCUAUCGCCACCCGUCAUGAAUUUCCUACUUUUCGCACUUGUAUCCUAAUGUAAACUAGUUUUAGCCAAAAACUCCGCUACCUUCUGCAAGAAGACCGAACAAUUUCUAUACCAAACGCCUGAGAGAAGUCAUAGAAUAUAAUUAGAGUUGUGUGAAAUAUAUGUCGGCGGCCGGUCGUAAUAUCCGCCAGAUCAUAAAAUUCCUAGGCAUAUCGUGAAAAUUAAAAAUCAUCGUCUCGUUCCUUGAGUCGACGGAGCCCUGCUACGCGGGGCUCCUGUUUGUGGAUAGUUUUCCCUUCGAGCGUCUGAAGCAGCCUACCGAAACUAUCCUACCUGCCUAUUGGUUUAGUGUGACUACCGUCAAAACAUUACACAGGAACAUUACAAUCGGGCGGAUAUUACGAUCGGCCACCGACAUAAACAAGAGUUCGAUCAGAAUGUAUAGGUAAUGGUGGUAUUGUAACCCCCUUAUUCAUAAACGUGUACUAAAGUUACGAUGCCGUUGAUCACCGUUUGUCCCUUUCCAUUAUACCAAUACGUCGGAAAGGGACAAACGAUGAUCAGCGGCAUCGUAACUUUAGUACAAGUUUAUGAAUAAGGGGGUUAAUGUUUAGAGCGGUGCAAAUCACCUCGUCACGGCACAAAUAGGUUGAGCUUUGUACAGUCGCCAUCAGAUAUAUCGGAGCGGCCAAGGUGUUCACAAAUAUCUGAACAGAGCCUCUAUUAUCAACACUUUAAGUAUAUUUUUAGGUUUCCGUAUCCAAAGGGUCAAACGGGACCCUAUUACUGAGACUCCGCUGUCCGUUCGUCCGUCCGUCUGUCACCAGGCUGUAUCUCAUGAACUGUGAUAGUUAGCCAGUUGGAAUUUCCACAGAUUAUUUAGUAUUUGUUGUUAUAGCGGUAACUGAAAUAACCGCUAUAACAACAAAUACUAAAAACAGAAUAAAAUAAAUAUUUCUUUCCGAUCUCGAGGUUCUCAUCCAAUCACUGAAGUUAAGCAACGUCGGGCGGGGUCAGUACUUGGAUGGGUGACCGUCUUUAUAGAUAAUGGUACGGAACCCUUCCUGUACGAGUCCGACUCGCACUUGUCCGAUUUUUUUUAUAUUUUUGAGCACUUUGCUUAGAUACUAUGGCAACUUUACCUACGUGGUAAAUACAUAUAUAAUACGGUUUCAAUAAUAAACCGGUUUUAAAAGUUCGAAACCGGUUUAUUAAUACAGAAAACUGGGUAGGACGUAGCCACGUAUGCUAACGUUGAAAAGUAAAAAUGUAACCUAAUUGCAGACCGAAUGAAGAGAGACGUUAUUAUUUCCAUACAUUAUUGUUAUUAAUGUCUAUUUAUCCUAUAGUAUGUGUUUUGAAAUUGUUAACAUUCCUUCGUUGUUAUUAAUUAUUAUUUAGUACGUCUAAAAUAAAACUUUGUUAUCAUUUGGUCACCUCAACAUCGUGAAAUCAAUACUAUAUAAUGAAAAUUAGUUAUAUAAAUGUAAUAUGUUAAUCUGUCUGUGUCACGCUUUUACCGCUGAAUCUAUUUAGAUUAAAUUUGGCAUGAAGAUACAUUACAAUCUCACUAAUCCGGCACUAAUUCUGACACGAGCGCCGGAUUACUGAAAAAUUCGGAUUACUGGGACUUAUUUAUAGCAAAUCUGCUUAUUACGUUGAUGUGUUUUUUAGUAUACAUAUAUACUACUAAUAUACUAAAUUCAAAGAAAAUUGUACAGUUAUUUGGAUUUUAGACACUUAUAUUAUAAAUAUAUUCAAGAGUGAUAAUGUAAGCGCACAUACUCAUCACUUGCACUCCUUUUUUAUUGCCGGAAUAUUGGGUGUACCGGUCCAUCGUAGUGCCGGAUUAUCGAGAUUUCACUGUAGUCUCUGUCCUGGGGAAGGACCUAGGAUAAUAUCUCCCGGAAAUCAUCCUUUAAGGGGUUGAAAAUGGGUGUGGCAUUUACUAUGGAAGUCGGAUAGAUCGUGUCAUUAACGAAGACGCAUGCCUUGACUUGUAUUAUCAUAUUGUUAAAGGUUAGAUUUGACAAAUCUGCGCGUCAUCGUGGAUGACACGAACUAUAUGUAUAUGAAAAUAAGAAUUCUACGCAGAUGAAGUCGGACAGAAGCUAGUUUAUAUAAGUUUUAAUUUAGACGUACCUUUAAGUAUUUUGUAUACUAAGUGUUUUACACUUUUUACACUUUUCCUAUGUCUAACAUUCCAAUAUAAACCCUAACUUAAGAUUUGAUGUUUCUAAUUUUUAUACAGUUAGCUAUUAUGGUUAUCGUAAAAAAUAAACAGUUAUUGAUUGUAUAAUUUAUAGACGAGGCGUCAAGAAAAAAUGUGCGACAUAGAUAGCUUGAAAAGAUGGCGGCGUGCCAUUGAUAUCUUUUGUGUAUGUGUCUGCGGCCGAUCGUAAGAUCAGGCAGAUCGGAAUUUUUCUAGGCGUAUCGUGAAACGUGAAAAUCUUUUGUCUCUUUCCGUUAGUCGACGAAGCCCCAUAUUCCUGGACAGUUUGCCCUUCGGCCAUCUAAAGCAACCUAACGAACCUAUCUAUUGGUUUAAUGUGACUACCGUCAAAACAUUACACCAGGAACAUUACGAUCGGCCGCCGACAUAUGGAAGGUAUAUGUUACUAAAGCGUCCAGCUGUAAGCUAUAAAUAACAGUACCAAAUCUCUCUAGAGUGGCGCUAGAGUAGCAAGAGGGUAUUAAAUGACUUGAAAAUUUAAUUGAAUAUCUAGUGAUGCUCUGACUUUAAAUCGGCAUAUUUAUCAAUUAUCAACAUACCUACAAAAAUGUAAUAAUUUUAAAUUCAGUAUCGAAUUUUUUAGUAAUUUUUAGAGCAAAGUAGGCACAUUCGGUAAUUCAUAAACCGGAUUUAAAUAACCGGUUAUUUUCGGGAAUGGAAUCCAUAAUAUAUCCAAAAAUAGUUGGGAAUUUUGUAAAAUUUCGUCACACAAUGGAAUAUACUAAAUUGUAUGUGAAUUUAAUUUUGCUGGUUGACAUUACCAAAGAUUACCAGCGGCAUUAUCAAAGUUCAUUUGAUAGAAAAUGCCAAUCAACAUGGGUGUAUCUCGCCUAAGACGACCUCUACCCCAUACAAACGUAAUCCUCAUUUUCCUCUAUUGGAUAUUGAUAUUAUCGAAAAUAUUGCACAAUCUGUUAUAUACUCAAUACUCAAUAUCUUUAUUGUUCAUAAGGAAAAAUCCGUGCAGUAGUGGAUACACAGUAUCUAUAAAAUCAUAUCAAAUUAAAACAAAAAAAUUGAUAAUAAAAUUAAUAAAUGACACAAAAUUAAAAUGGAUGGUUCAUUUCGAUUAGAAUAAUAAUGAAUUAUUACAAUGAAUUAAUACAACACAUCAGAAAAUUCAACAAAUAAUAAUAACAGCCCAAAACAAUAAAAAUAAAAUGAGUGUGAUUAUCCGUCUAAAUUAAUCGAAUACUUAUCUUGCCAAAGUAUUUUAACCAUAGCUAUGCCUCUUUGUAUGACUUUUUUGUUUGAGUUUGAAGCGAAAAAAAAAUGCGAAAAAAAGCGAAAAAUAUAUAUCAAAACGCGUAAAAAUAUUUUCGAUAAGGCUAAUAUUUAGAGAGGAAAUGGGAACUACGUUUGUAUCAUAGAGAUAUACGUUCAGAAAGAGUGUCACUCCAUACAUCAGUUUUCUUACCAAAACGCGUGUUAUUUCAUAUUCGACAUCUGGCGUCAAAUAGCGGAAUUUAUCAAUACUGCUAGUUGAUAAUAGAUGUCGCGACAAACGAAAACUCUAAUGCUCAACAAUUUUCAGCUAAUAUUAUAAUCAUAUAAUAAUAAACUCUAUUUUCAACUCUUUCUGAUUGUAAUAUUAGUUGUAAAUUGAUUUGGUAAUACAUUUUUCGUCCGUCGCGACAUCUGGGCGACUACCGGGAAAAUUGAAAUUCGUCAAUUGCGGGCAUUUUUCUCUGUCACUCUAAUUACGUUUUAGUGAGAGUAAAAGAGAAAGAUCCCCGCAAUUUGCGAAUUUCGAUUUUCACACGUACACUUACGUACGAAUUUAUGUGUGCGACAGAGAGGCAACACGUCGAACGCGGUUCGCGGUAGGCCCUCUGGUAUCUCGUAGCGGUACGAUAAAUUCACUUGACGUUAGAUGUCGACUACGGAAUAACUCGCGUCUUGGUAAGAAAACUAAGUUACACUCUUUCUUUACGUAAGUAUAUUAUGGGUGUCGCCUGUAACACGAGCAAUAAAUUUAACUGUAGGUUGCACUCCUCAAACUUACCAACAUUUGUUCAGCGAUUUCUGAAAAUUAUGAAUUCUUUAGACUUCCUAUUUUUCAUACAAAUUAAAUAUUACCUUCAAUGUCAUCAGUGUAAUUGACGUUUAUUGUCACGCUUUAAACAACAAAAUUCGCAAUACAUUGCGUCUUAGAAUAAACUACGCAUUCACUGCCAGCAACCCGCCAGGCGGGCGCUCAGUCCGUAGUCGCUUUUCGCUACAUACGCAUUUUCCCAUGUUAUCGGCUACGCUCGUAGCGCGUAGCACGCGCUGGCACUGAAUGUGUUAGUGUUCCGUAAAACCACCCAACUAUAGUCCAAAACUCCCAACUAUGGUCCACAAAUAAACUCAAUUUUUCUCGUUCAGGUGUGUAUUUUACUAUAUUUUAGUAGUUCUAAGGCAAAGUAUGUUUAUAAAUGGAAGGUAAAACUAGGAUUAAACCACAAGGAACAUUGGUAUAGAUACUUAAUUUCCUUUUGAACUUGUGGACCAUAGUUGCAGUAUUGGACUAUAGUUGGGUAGUUUUACGGUUCUAAAAAUCAAAAUAAAAGUUAUUUUAAAAGAGCUGGACUAAUGUUGGUCAGUUUGAGGAGUACAGCCUACAGUUCAAUUGUUUGUUCCUGUUACAGGCCACACCCAGUAUAUAUACGUGAUUUCGUCCCUUUUUCUCUUAAAAGAGGUUGAGAGCAGUAUGUAAAUAUGUGAAUACAUAGUACAUAAUGUGAAUUCUUCAUCACAACUUGUAUGAAACUUUUCACAUUCUCCCGUGUACAGUAGACGUAAACAUCUAUACGGCUGGGAGUUCUGAAAUAUCUAUACAUCCUCGAUAAUCAUGACGUUCAUAUCAAUACUAUAGAACUAGAACUACUGUCUUAGAUAUUAUAGCUUGGAGGAUUUAACAACUGGAGUCGCCUUUAAGAGCUUACCCCUCUGUCGAUAACAUCGGCCAAUGGUCAUAUGUACUUUAUGGACUGACGUUUAUCUGACAUGGCUAUAUGUAUGUUACUUAAAACCCUUCCCCAAAAAUCGGCAGACUGUUUUGUGAAGAAAAUGACAAACAAGGCGUCUCCAGUUAAAUCUUCCAAGUGCUGGGUUGUAGAGGCCUGUACCCCUAGUGUAAAUUUAAUCGACAUCAUAACGUGACGAACGCGUUUGCGUUAAGUCUCAUUUUGUAUAGGAUUUUGAGUUUCCAAAACGUCCCGCUUGGCGCGCUCUUUCUAAAUCACAUACAAAAUGAGACUAAACGCAAACGCGUACGUCACGUUUCGAAAUCGAAUUUAUUUACACUAGGGGUACUGUUUAAAAACUGAUUUAAACCGAUUUUUGUACCACAAUUUGUAUUUAUUAUUUAGAGUAGAGAGGAAUUUAAUACUUUUGUAACUAAUAUCAAGCAGAUAUUUUUGAAUUCUUUGUCGUCUAACCUGCUUCCGUAUUGAUGUAUUUUUUUUUACUUAAAAUGAGACUAAAUUAGCUGUAGUAACUAUUUAGGUUAAUCCGUGGGUAAAACUGAAAGUUUCUGGAAUGAGCCAUUUAGAGGUCACGCAAUGAAAAUUGAAACUUAUUGUCUAUUUUUAGAUACAAUUUGUUCGGUGAUUAUUUGUAUUUUAGGAAUGCUGUUUGUAAAUUAUAUGUGAAGGCUUUUUAAGCUUUAACAAAAAUUAAGAUUGCAGGAACUUUCAGUAUGAACUGAAUAUAGCGGUGGUUUCUUUCCUAUGAAUUAUACUGUACUUCAAAUAACUACUUACUUGUAAUAUUUACUAGUACUUCAUCGCGAAACGUCGCGCGACCUGAUUUGGAGUCGCGACAAGAUGUGCUAGGAUUUAAUACUUAGAUGCAUGAAGUAUCCAUUUUGAUACUGAAACCAGCUCCAACGAUAUAAAUAUUAAUUUAUAAAGCCUGCCUAGUAAUAUAUGAUCACGCGCCAAUGCGCCAUAUUGCGGAAUUUCAUUAGAACUAAAGUUUUACAUAAAUCAUGAUAAACCGAAUUGUCACCAUAUACAUGAGAAAAAAGCCGCCCAUGAAGGGUUCCGUACCAUUUAUGACGUAUUAAAAAAAACUACUUACUAGAAGAUCUCGUUCAAACCAAUUUUCGGUGGAAGUUUGCAUGGUAAUGUACAGUCAGCGUCAAAUAAUUCGUAGCAGUCAAAGUGGCGAAAUAGUUCGGUACACCAUACUAAAUAUAUGGUGUACCGAACUAUUUGGCUACUUUGACUGCUACGAAGUAUUUGACGCUGACUGUACAUCAUAUAUUUUUUUUUAGUUUUAUCAUUCUCUUAUUUUAGAAGUUACAGUGUACGAAAAUCUAUCUGGAAAGCGUCUCUUCUUUAGUGAAUUUGGUUGUUUUAGUAUAAGUAUUACUACUUCAUGCAUCUACGGUUUAAAUACAAAUUACUUACAACUUUUUUGUCCAGUACCCCUAGUGUAAAUAUUUUCGACAGCGAAACGUGACGUACGCGUUUGCGUUAAGUGUUAUUUUGUAUGAGAUUUUUGACGUUCCAAAACGUCCCGCUUGGCGCGCUGUUCAAAAACCCAUACAAAAUGAGACUUCGCAAACGCGUACGUCACGUUUCGAAAUCGAAUUUAUUUACACUAGGGGUACAGUUUUAAAACCACAUUUGUAAUAUGAGUAUUUUGGGCCCUAUUUCAUAAAAUCACAAGUCUUAACCGGUAACACCGGUAAAGAUCUCUAGUCACCGGCAAGUGCGAACACGCUUUACUUUUGCCAGUUUGUGAAAUAGGGCCUUCGCAGUCUUCACACAGACGUGUGUGAACGAGAUAGCAAUAUGCGUGUAUAUAGCGAGGUGCCGCUCGCACACGCGGACCCGCAUAUGGGAAGGCCGCUUUAAGUUUGACUUUUUUAUUACAAUCGUAAUUUUAUAUAAAUUGAUACCGGUAACUUGUCUCUUGGGCGCCUAUGGCGAACAUCAACACCAAAAUUUUGUGUAUCUCCAUCUCUAUCGCUCGAAUAUGCAAAAUAGAGUAGCGAAUAGGCGAUUUUGGUAUGAUGUUCGCGGUAGUUCCCGGAUCAUUGGACCAAUGUGAAACUCCAGAGAAAUGUAAUAUAUUGUGUGUAUUUGAAAUACGAAA